AUGAGUCAACCUGAUGAUCGUAUUAACGCGAAACAGUUGCAGGACAGCUUGAAUCGGCCGUCGUCUUCAGAUGAGGUCGACCUCCACAUCUCUUCAUCAAACACACCUUCAUGUGAAAUGGAAUACUCCGUCAUCAUGUGUCUUACGUUGAUCGGUCAGAUCACCUGCAUCGUUCUGCUCUUCUCCACACAACGAGAGGUGAGCCAAUGA